AUGACCCCGUGGUCGUCAGAUGAGCAUUGCAGUGGUGACAGUCAAAUGUCAUCUGGAGCCAAAGGUGUGUAUUAUAAACAACGUAAAGAAGAAUCAUUUAAUAUUGAUGAGUUUACAAUAAAAGAUGUUGAUAUAUCUGAAGAACAAAAGUAUGAUAGUCCCGCACCUGAUGUACAAGUGGAUAAAAGACACACAUUCACAACUCAUGCUAGUUCUUCAACAGCAUCGUGGGGUAAUAAUCCACAGUUGGCUGUAAUCAAUGAUCAAGACUAUGUUUAUCAAUCAUUAGUAUCAAAUAAGAAACAAGAAGAUGACACUGAUAUAGAUUUUGACGGUAUUGAAGUAUUUGAUAGUCCUGACAGUGGUGCCUCAAGUUCAACACCCCUACGACAAUAUUUCAGUGGUGAGCUUACGACGAUAGUAAAUAAUCAUGCAGAUUUCGCUCAAGCCGAUGAAAACGGACUAUUAGUAGCUUUAUUACCCUAUUGUGCACAUGUAAUGGGGCAUUCGUUCGCAUAUCGUGAUAACGCUAUGGAAGUACAAACAAACAUUUAUUGUAUUCUCCUAGCACUUAGUGGCAAACGGAUAUUGAAUAAACAUGGGUAUAAAAUUGAAAAUGAGUAUUAUUAUCAAAUUGAUGAUUUAACACCGGCAGGUAUUAUUGAAAAUCUCAAAGAAGCAAGUG